AUGAAGUACUCAUUUGCCAUCGCUCUUGGCACGCUUGUGCUCGGCACCGCUGCCGUCCCCGCCGCCAACGGCGCCGUUCAAGGCCACGCCGUUGCGCAUGCCGAGCGCGGCUACUUCGACUUCCUCCACCACGUGGCCCGCGCAGAGGAGCCUAGCAAGACUAAAUCUGCCAAGGACCCUAAGAGGACAAAGCCCAGCAAGACGCGUAGGCCUGGUCCCAUCAUCACAUCAGCCCCCGGCCUUCCUGGCAACGGUACCCGCGGUUUCCAGGUCCCUGCUGCCGGCGGUGGCCUUCCCGUCUCCUCUGGCACCUCCGUCCUGAAGGCCGCUCAGACCAUUGCCGCCGGUAAAUCCUUUGACGGUGGGAUGGUCACUUUCGAUCGUGGUGUUUCCUGCACCGGCCAGGCCGAAGGCGGCGACUCCGAUGCCGUCUUCAUCCUCGAGAAGGGCGCCAAGCUCUCCAACGUCAUUAUCGGCCCCAACCAGAUCGAGGGCGUCCACUGCAACGGUGGCUGCACCCUCGAUAACGUCUGGUGGUCUGCGGUCUGCGAAGACGCUUUCACCAUCAAGAAACAGGAGGCCGGCGAGACCACCACCAUCACCUCUGGCGGUGCCUUUGGAGCCGAGGACAAGGUUCUCCAGCACAACGGCGCCGGCACCCUCUCUGUCAGCGGCUUCUCCGUCAAGACCUUUGGAAAGCUGUACCGCAGCUGCGGCAACUGCAAGACGAUGUUCGAGCGUCACGUCAUCUUAGAAAACAUCAACGCCUCCUCUGGAAAGCUCCUUGCAGGCAUCAACUCCAACUACGGUGACACCGCUACCAUCAAGAGCAUUACAGCUAAGAGCGUCAGCGAUAUCUGCACAGAAUUCAAGGGCAACGACAGCGGCGACGAGCCCACCGAGGUUGGUUCCGGUCCCUCGACGGCCUGCAAAUACUCCACCUCCGAUGUCAUUAGCUCUUAA